AUGUCAGGGCUUCAGCUUAAUACUGCCAAAUCUGAUCUCUUUGUUGCUGAAAUUUCCCCUAGGAACCUUCAUAACAUCAUUAUUUCUACGGGAUUCAAAAAUGGUCUUCUUCUAGUGAGAUACCUAGGAGUUCCACUUGUCACCAGAAAACUCACAACUAAAGAUUGUACUCCUCUUAUUGAUAAAAUCAAAUUAAGAAUUCAUCAAUGGUCUGGGAAACAUCUUAACUAUGUAGGAAGACUUGAACUUGUCAAAGCUGUCCUCCAAAGCAUAGCAAAUUUCUGGUGCAGACAAUUUCUCCUUCCUCAAGCUGUUAUCAACAAGAUUAACCAGCUUUGUUCUAGAUUCUUAUGGAAAGGCACUGACUCCGUUGCCACCGGUGCAAGACUCAUUCGUAACCUUCUUGCGGGUGAAGGUUCCUUAUGGAUUGCUUGGAUUUAUAACUACGUUAUUAAAUCCAAAGAAUUUUUACAAAUGCCUACUAGCGUUACAUACAUCAAUUGCUUCAACAGGCUGUUAAAAUUAAAAGUUGAGGCCAUCCCUAUUCUUAAUGCAAGAGUUACUAAAACCAAAGAUAUUUGGGAUGAGAUUUGA